GACCUAUAGACGGGAGUGUGAUUCCUAGCUUUCUAGGACACAUCGCUACCCGUAUUUGGGAGGACCAAGAGCGGGCUUUGGAUAGCGGCAUUUUGAAAUGCCAAACCCGGGAGAGGACUUGUAACUUCUUGUGUAGUUGGGCUGAGGCUUGGCCGGAGGAGAGCGAGAUGGUCGGCCGAUUGAGGGCCACUAGAGUGAGCCACCUUCCUGCCACCAUGCAUGAGAGGAUUGACUCGACGCUGAUCACGGCUUUCGUUGAGCGAUGGCAGCCGGACACGAACUCUUUCCACCUUCCGUUCGGUGAGAUGACGAUCAUGUUGCAUGACGUCGAGGCCAUCCUUGGGAUUCCCGUAGAGGGAAACCGAGCAUCUGUUGUCACAGAUGCGGAUCAGGCAGAUUUAUUGGCGGAGCUGUUGGCGGUGGAUAGGGCUGCGCUGUACACAGCGGCACUUGGUGUGUGGGAUCACGGCGGUGUUAAGAUCGCAGCAGUUUUGCAGCGAUGUUUGCACCCCACUUCACGUAGGACGCAGGACACACAGCUGGCUGCAUAUGUUUUUCUUCUUCUCGGGUGUACCUUGUUUCCGGAUAAGAGCGGAAACAAGCUCAGGCCACGCGACAUAGUUGACGCGUGUGAGCCCGACAGAGUAGGCCAGUUUUCUUGGGGGUCGGCUACAUUAGCGUACAUGUAUCGCCAGUUAGGAUUCUCGAGCCGGGCUGAUGCGGCAGGUAUCACUGGAUGUAUGACGUUGUUACAGACGUGGAUAUACGAGUAUUUCCCGGCGUUUCGACCACACCGCGACCCGGUUCCUAUUGGGGAUGGCCAGCCACGUGCCUGUGCGUGGAGUCCGCGUGUCGAGAAGAAGUCCAUUGACCGCCUGCGAUCGAUACGGUUAUUGCUUGACAGGAUGUCCCCAUUAGAGGUGAACUGGAUGCCUUUCGGCCAGAACCCUAGUAAUAGGGUACCCAGGACCCUCUACACGGGACUGAUUCAGUAUCGUGAGAUCGUAGAGGCGUACAUGCCGCAGCGCUGUCUUCGCCAGCUUGGAUAUGUCCAAGUUGUUCCUCCUCCACCAGCAUGGCCCAGUAAGGCCGUCCGAUCUGCGUCGUUGAAGGAGUACGUCGUCCAAUGGCCGGCAAGCAUGAUUGGCACGUGGGAGCAGUUUCCGAUGGUUGCCCGCAUAUGGAUUGAGCAGUUGCAGCGGCCGCCAACUGGGGUGGCUGCCAUGUGUGACCAGCACUACAUGGAGUGGUACAACCGGCACUCGCACCCGAGGUUGAUCAGAGACGUCCACCACGGCGACGACGCCGAUGAUGAUGAUGUGCCACCGCCCACUGCCGUGGAUGCGUGGAUGGGAAAGAUGACGCAGUUGGGACACAGACUUUUUGAGGAGAGGGACAACAUGACGACUGCAACAGGCAGAGCUGUUAUUGAUGAACUGGAACGGGCCCUUGAGCAGUGGCAGUGGGCGUCACAGAGAGAUUAUUGAUAUGUCGGCAGUGCAUUUAUAAAACAUUUUCCUAGUUGUUUGUAAAAGUUAACAUUAUCUGUUCUUAUAAUUAUUAUUUUAAGUUCUUAGAAUUUGACAUUAUAUUUUUAGUUUUUAUAACUUUUAUUUUAAGUUGUAAUUAGUGGGCAUACGAAAACUAAAUACAGGUUCACAUUUAAAUGGGAAAACUAAAUACGAAAAUUAGAA